GGAAUCCCCACACGCUUAGGCUCUUGGGAGUUGUAGUACUAAUCCAGUCAGGGUUGGAACCAUGGCGGUGGCCAAGGAGCUCUUACAGAUGGACCUGUACGCGUUAUUAGGUAUCGAGGAGGAGGCGACGGACAAAGAGAUGAAGAAGGCAUAUAGGCAGAAGGCCCUCUCCUGCCACCCAGACAAAAAUCCGGAUAAUCCCAGAGCAGCUGAACUCUUCCAUCAGCUUUCUCAGGCCUUGGAGGUACUGACCGAUGCUGCCGCCAGGGCUGCAUAUGACAAGGUCAGGAAAGCCAGGAAGCAGGCAGCAGAGAGGACCCAGAAACUUGAUGAGAGAAGGAAGAAAGUGAAGCUUGACCUGGAGGCCCGGGAGCGGCAGGCCCAGGCCCACGGCAGCGACGAGGAGGAGGAGGAAGAGAGCCGGAGCACCGGGACACUAGAGCAAGAGAUCAGACGCCUGCGAGAAGAGGGUUCCCGGCAGCUGGAGGAGCAGCAGAGGGUGAUCCAGGAGCAGAUACGCCAGGAACGGGAACAGAGGUUGAGAGGAAUGGCAGAAAAUCCUGAAAGCAAAGGAACCCCCAAGCUAAAGGUGAGCCCUGCGGAUCUACAGGCCACCUCACACCAUCUCCUCUCAGCAGAACAGAUGAUUCCAUGGGCACAGCUCAAGUGGAAGAGCAAGAAGGAGGCCAAGUCACAAGGCGGCUAUUCCAGAGAUGUCCUCCUGCGGCUUUUUCAAAAGUACGGAGAGGUGCUCAACCUGGUACUGUCCAGUAAGAAGGCAGGCACCGCCGUGGUGGAGUUUGCAACCAUCAAGGCUGCGGAGCUGGCUGUCCAGAAUGAAGUGGGCCUAGUCGAUAACCCCCUGAAGAUUUCCUGGUUGGAGGGACGGCCCCAGAGCACAAUGGGCCCUAACCACCCAGGACUGUCCCAGAUAGCCUCCGGGCAGGAAAGGACAUCUGGGAGCCAGGGUCCUGCGUUCCUGUGGGGCUGCCUGGGCCUCACUUGGGGUCCCGCCUCUGGGGAAGGCGCUGGGCCAAGCCUAGGAGGUGAGCCUGGCUGGGAGGGCAAUUCUCCUAGGAGCUGCAGAGGCCUAGGAGAGAGGAGGAGGCGUGGGGCUGUCGGGAAGGGCAGGGGGAUCUGGGCUGAGUAACACUUCCUGGUUCUGUACACCCCUGACUCCAAACCAGUUGGCCAGGGCCUGGCAUCUUAACCCCAGCCACUCCCUUCUAAUCCCCCGGGUCACUGACCACCGAACUUUUUUCCUGGCCUGUUCCACGAAGGUGCAUCAGCUUGGGGUACUGCGAAACAGGCCUCAGCAGCUCUCUACUGUGCAG